UGCGAAGUCGAGUAGGAAGGAAUCGCGACUCUGCCCCUGGAGCACGUGACUAGGAGUUAGGGACCUCCGCGGCGCUGGCUGUGGAAACGACGCGGUUUGAGAAGAACUAAUGGAAAGAACUCAAAUUAUUUUCCUACCAGAACACACUGAGUGUACCCCAGCCUUUAUGAAAGCCAACCGAGAAACGAAGCGCCUUUUUGUGGGUGGCCUUGGCCGGAGCAUUUCUGAGGUGGACCUGCAAAACCAGUUCAGCAGAUUUGGAGAUGUUUCUGAUGUGGAGAUCAUCACGCGGAAAGAUGACCAAGGAAACCCACAGAAAGUCUUUGCAUAUAUCAACAUCAGAGUUGCAGAAUCAGACCUGAAAAAAUGUAUGUCUGUUUUAAAUAACACAAAAUGGAAAGGUGGAACACUACAAAUUCAAAUAGCAAAAGAAAGUUUUUUGCACAGAUUGGCCCGAGAGAGAGAAGAAGCACAAGCAAAGAACGAAAAAUCAGUAAUGGGCAACACCAACUUGUUAGAAAAGAUGGGACUGGUGGACUUCCAUAUGAAAGCUGUGCCAGGGACAGAAGUACCAGGGCACAAAAAUUGGGUUGUAAGUAAAUUUGGAAGAGUCUUACCUGUUCUUCAUCUAAAGAAUCAACAUAAACGUAAAAUAUCCUUUUAUGACCCAUCAAAAUACUGCCACAACUUAAAAAAAAUAGGGGAGGAUUUUACAAAAGCCAUUCCUGUAUCCAAUCUCACUUGGGAAUUGGAAGGAGGGAACGAUCCUAUGAGUAAGAAACGGCAAGGGAAAUUUCCUGACAUUUUCAGCCCUCCCAAGAAGAUAAUAAAAGUGCAGAAGAAUCAGAGUUCCACUUUGUCUCUGACUAUGAGACCAAGACCCAGCAGGGUAAAAAUGGAGAAUCCACACUUAUCACAGCCACAGACCACACAAGAAAUACCUAAUGAUCCUGUUACUCUUACAUCACCCCAUGGACCUGAUGCUGAUAGUCAGAAACUUACAAGUCUUUUUCAGAAUUCUGGCUUGGAAAACACUGGGAACAAAAAUAGCAUGUCUAAGGAUGAUAUCGAUUCUGAAGAUGAAUUAAGACUAAUGAUCGCAAGAGAGGAAAACUUAGAGAGAACUGCAGGGUCCUCCAUGAAUGACUAUGAUUCCUUUGAAAUUGUAAGGGAUGAUUUCAAAUCGGAUGUUCACAAACUUGGUUCUUUAACAGGUUUAGGCAACAAAAAUAACGUCUCUUUUGAUAGUGAAGAUAAUGUGGGAGGUGAUUGCGACUAUGAUUCAGGAGAUGCAGAUGACACUGCAGUGAAUAAAAAUGUUGGUAAGGUAAAAAAGAGUACAGAAUUUUCACAAAUGGAAAAGUCUGUAUUCAAGAAAAGUUCUUCGAAAAAUAGAAAAACGUGUGAGCUUUCUGAUCAUUGUACCAAAGUACAAAAAAGCCAAACCAAUGUGGAGCUAGCCAUAAGUCAUGGAGUUGAGUCUCUGUGUAACUCCAGUGGCAGUGAAGAUGCUGCUUCUCGGUCGGAAUCAGCCGAGUCUGAGGAAGGGGAGUAUAACGCCAUGAUGGACAACUGUCUCCAGGUGACUCUCUCUCUCGCUGACUUGGCACGUUUGGCUGGCAGUGACCUGAAGGCUCCAAGAGAAGAUCCCGAGAGCCAUGGCUGGGAAACCACCUCCAAGUGUGACAGAGCCUCCAAGAGCCACGGGACUUGUGGCCUCCACAGAAGUCGAGGAUGUGUUUAUCCUGAAGAGAUUGUGGCUUCCCUUUUAGAAGAAGAGAACACCCCUGGAAAGCAGAAACCAAAGGCAAACAACUCAAAGCUAAAAUUCCAGGCAUUCAAGGGAGUAGGCUGUCUCUAUGGAAAGCAGCCAGUGAAAAAAUCCUUGAAAGAGAAUGUUGCCUCUGGCAAUGUUCAUAAAAAUGAGCACUCCUUGAAACCUGAGGAUCCCACUAGCAUGUCCAUGGAGAAGGGCUUCCCAAAUUCGAAUGGCUCGUCAAGCAAACUGACUCCUUUCCAAGGUUCAAAGAAAGCAGAUGACCCAAACUAUAUCCAACCUCAGAAGAGACGGUUUACUUUUAAGACCCAGAAUCACAAAGUGGGGUCCCCUAGCAGUUCAGAAAAGGGAAGUAGAAAUCCUGUUCCCAGUCUGUUGCCAUUAAAACAUAAUGCAGUAAGGCUUGGUGCAGAAACCUCCCUGAGAGGCUUUGAUGAAGACUGUUGCCACGAGACGACAAAGACAGGAGAGGACUCUGAAAAGAAGCCUGAUCUACCCAGCCACGUGGUUCCUGAGAAUUCCCCAGAGGUCUCCAGGAUGAACACUCAGGGAAGCAAAACUGACUUCCCACUUUCUCUUAAUAGUUCACCCGAUGUUUUUGCUAAGAAUAAGCAUGCUGAAGAUAAUCAGAAGCGUUUGUCAGCCUUAGAGGCAAGGCAGAAAGCAAAAGAAGUACAAAAGAAGCUGGUUCAUAAUGCCCUGGCCAAUUUGGAUGGUCCUCCGGAGGACAAGCCAACACACAUCAUCUUUGGUUCUGACAGUGAGAUUGAAACAGAAGAGACGUCCAUUCGGGAGCAGAGCCAGCUGGUAGAGAAACCAAUAAAAGAGUUCCUGAGCCGAGCAUCCGGGACACUGUUUGGCAGCAGUGAGGAGGAGUCGGACCCUGAAGAGGACAGGAAUAGGUUCAGAAUUAAGCCUCAGUUCGAGGGCAGAGCUGGGCAGAAGCUCAUGAAUUUGCAGUCUCACUUUGGCACUGAUGACAGAUUCCGCAUGGACGCCCGAUUUCUAGAAAGUGACAGUGAAGAAGAGCGGGAAGAGGUAAACGAAAAGAAAACGACUGAGAAAGAAGAGCUCACUGCAGAAAAGUUGAAAGCCUUGAAUAUUGUGCAGAGUAUUUUGCAAACCAACUUUAGCAAUUCUGCAAGCAAAGGAUCAGUAGCUGCUAAGAAAUUUAAGGACAUCAUACACUAUGAUCCAACAAGGCAUGACCAUGCCAAUUAUGAAAAAAAGAGAGAUGAUAAACCAAAAGAAAGUAAAGCAAAGCGAAAGAAGAAAAGAGAGGAAGCUGAGAAGCUACCUACAGUGUCGAAAGAGAUGUAUUAUAACAUCACUAUGGACUUAAAGGAAAUAUUCCAAACCACAAAAGAUAACAAUGAAAAGAAAGACGUGCCCUAUGUGGACUGUGAUGAAGAGAAAGCAAAGGAAGUCCAUGUCCCUGCAGCUCCAGUGACGGGGGCCGAGCAGCCCAGCGGGUUCACAUUUUCCUUUUUUGAUUCAGACACAAAAGAUGUAAAAGAAGAGACCUAUAGAGUUGAGACAGUGAAACCUGGUCAGACAGCCUGGCACAUAGCCCCUCGUUUCCAAGACAGCAGUUCCGAAGAGGAAGAUGUUACUGAAGAAACAAAUGACAGGAAGUCCAGCCCCGGAGAAGUAUCAUUACCUGCGAAUGAGACCACUAGAUUUUUUUUUUUCUCUAAUAGUGAUGAAAGACUUCUCGGUUCUGACUUAUUCUGGAGAGGAAUGGGAGGUAAUAUUAGUAGGAAUUCUUGGGAGGCCAGAACAAACAACCUGCGUAUGGAUUGUCGGAAGAAACAUAAGGAUGCCAAAAGGAGAGUGAAACCAAAAUAGAAGUGUCGUUAUGGGUUUUGAUACUGAUUGUGAACAAGAUUCACCUGUGGAAAUUGGGUGACCUAGAAAAUAAUUUUAGCUAACAAGAGUGAAGGAAUAUUCAAAAUCUGGCUAAUGGAUACCCUUCUGUUUGUUAUUGCUAUGUUUUUCUGUGGAUUUUCUCUAUUUCUACCUAAGUACUUCAAAAAAAUUAAACUGAACUUUUUCUUUAAUGAAGCACAAGAUAGUCCCUCAAAAAGAAGAAAACUUUGUAUGUAAUCUUGUUGCCCUCCAUCCUCAAUGACGAAUGGGCAUCUUCUGAUGCAAGGUUUACAUAAAGUCUUUUAUAAUAUGUAUGGGUCAGCCUGGCCAUCGUGGCUCAGUGGUUGAGCGUCAACCUGUGCACCAGGAGAUCACAGUUUGGAUUCCCGGUAAGGGCACAUGCGGACUCAAUCCCCAGUGUGGGGUGUGCAGGAGUCGGCCAAUCGAUGAUUCCCUCUCAUCAUUGAUGGUUCUGUCUCUCCCUCUCCCUUCCUCUGUAAAAUCAAUAAAAAUAUUU